GGGCUUGGAACAGGUGUGGAACCAGCACUUUGAACUGUUGUUCCGCACUCUCCCAAACGUUUGGUACUUCGGUCCCAUUCAGAAGACACCCACAGGCUGGUCGGUCUUCAAGGACAUGGCGAAAGUGCGAUUUUCGUGCCAGCGGUGCUCUCAUGGCUGGACCAGCAUGUACGGCCUCGUGGUGUUUUAUUACCGCUGGGACGCCUUCAUGAACCAAGGCCACGUCCGCUUCAUCUUGACUGGCCAGAAGUGCAACCAGUGUGAGCGCAGCGCCUUCGAAACGCCCAUGUGGUACCCGGAGGAGGCGCAGAAGGUGAUGACCAACCUUUACCAUGAGGUGGCCAACCGCGUGUAUGGCCUGCAGACACCGCCCUUAAUCCGUGACCGACGCCACGGGAGGCCCCGGCAGCAGCACAACUCCAGCAUGUGCGAAGGCUGCCACCAAGGAAUCUGCAAGGCGCCCAGGAACACUGUGCCCUCUGCCUCCAGCUGAGAAUGAGUGGCGGCCACAAAGCAGGGAUUUUCCUCGCUGUGUAAACGGUGCACUGGGGGGAGUCAGGGUCAGGGAACCUUUGUAUCCUGAUACAUAUAUAAAUGAUGAAUAUUUCAUUCAAAGCAAAAUAAAUGUGUAUUUUGAUCAUACAAACUAAAGAGAGAACAUUUUUAAAAAAAAUACAUUCACUGUAUUUAUGUUAUAGAUAUCUCUUUACACAAAAUAGUAUGAAAUAUCAUUCAACAGUAUGUUGCUCUUUUUUAUUUGAAAAGAAAUCUUGAAAUUCAUUGACUGCAAAAUAGUAAAGAUAACCUGCAGUUUUUGUAGCAAACUGCGGAAUAGGUUAAGCCGAGGAAGCAAAUUAGCACUAACCUUGAGGUAAUUUAAUGACCCUC